ACUCUUGAUCAUCAACUGAUGUUUACAUUGUUAUCUUAAUGUUUAUUCAGUUUCAGUGUCUCCAUUCCGAACUCAGCAACGUUUGUAGGUCCCUCUUAAGGACGAAGCAGUUACACGCAUUGCUUUUGACGACCCAUCUCUCACAAGACCCUUUUUAUGCAACUAAAAUUCUUAGGCUUUAUGCUGCUAACAAUGACAUUAACUAUGCCUACCACGUGUUCGACAAAACUACCAACCGAAGUGUCUUCCUCUGGAAUUCAAUGAUUCGCGGUUUUGCGCAGUCCCAAAGAUUUUUCAAUGCAAUCUCUCUGUUUAGAACCAUGCUUGGGGGUGACACAAGUCCUGACAAUUACACUUAUGCCUGUGUUAUACGUGCUUGUUCUGAUAACUAUGAUUUUGGUGUUCUAAGACUUGUUCAUGGAGGUGCUGUGGUUGCUGGGUUAGGAUUGGACCCUAUUUGUUGCAGUGCACUUGUGGCUGCUUAUUCAAAACUAGGUCUUGUUCAUGAGGCACGUAGAGUGUUUGAUGGGAUUGCUGGACCAGAUUUAGUUUUGUGGAAUUCGUUGAUUUCUGGUUAUGGGGGCUCUGGUUUGUGGGAUGUAGGGAUGCAGGUGUUUAGCUCUAUGCGAUUCAUUGGGAAGAAGCCUGAUGGAUAUACACUAGCUGGGUUGCUUGUGGGUGUUGCUGAUGCUGGAGUGUUGAGCAUUGGUGAAGGACUGCAUGGUUUGAGUCUAAAGAGUGGGCUUGAUUGUGAUUCUCAUGUUGGUAGUUUGCUGGUGAGUAUGUACUCGCGGUGUAGGUGCAUGGUUAUGGCGUAUAGAGUCUUUUGCAGUAUUUUGAAUCCUGAUUUGGUCACAUGGUCUGCUCUUAUAGCUGGCCAUUCUCAGUCUGGGGAGUAUGAGAAGGUGCUGCACUUUUUCAGGGAGUUGAACAUGGAAAACAAGAAGCUGGAUUCUGUUUUGAUUGCCAGUGUAAUUGCUUCUGUAGCACAGACUGCAAAUAUAGGACUGGGAUUUGAGAUACAUGGUUAUGUUCUUCGGCAUGGAUUAGUGUCAGACGUCAAGGUCUCCUCUGCUCUCAUAGACAUGUAUUCGAAGUGUGGUUUUUUGCACUUGGGAAUCUGUGUUUUUAGGAUGAUGCCGGAACGGAAUGUGAUUUCAUAUAAUUCAGUCAUUUUGGGUCUCGGCUUGCAUGGAUGUGCUUCUGAGGCGUUCAGGACAUUUGAUGAGAUGCUGGAGAAAGGAUUGGUACCUGAUGAAGCCACAUUCUCUUCUCUGCUUUGUGCUUGUUGUCAUGCUGGCCUUGUCAAAGAAGGCCGGGAGAUUUUCCGGAGAAUGGAAGAUGAAUGUAACAUCAAAGCUAGGCCAGAACACUAUGUUUACAUGGUGAAGCUUCUUGGCAGUGCUGGGGAGUUAGAAGAGGCUUACAAUCUCACCCUUGCCUUACCAGAACCAGUAGACAAGCCCAUCCUGGGUGCCUUAUUGUCAUGCUGUAAUUCUUUUGAAAAUUCUGAGCUUGCAGAAACGUUAUCUCAUCAACUUUUUGAAAGUAAUCCUGACAAUAAUGCUUACAGAGUUAUGCUUUCUAAUAUAUAUGCUGGUGAUGGGAGGUGGGAUGAUGUGAAGAAGUUGAGGGAUAAAAUGACUGGUGGUCUGAGAAAAAUGCCUGGACUAAGCUGGAUUGAAGGCAAUUAUUGCUAAUUCUAAAGACAGAUAAAUUCUGCAAACAGAAUAGAAUGUAAUUACUGUAAGAUAUAGAAAGGAUUCUCAGAAAGGUAUUAUAAUAUGGAACUGUUAGAUAACCCGUUAACUUGUUAGUUAUAAUAAGUAGUUAGUUGAAACUAGGAGAGGGUAUCACUUUAUAAAUAGAACAAAAGAGAGGAAAGAAAGACAGAUUGUCAGUUGGAGAAAGGAUUGUACUCUGAGAG